GAUUAUUUACGGCUGCAGCCGUCACACUCAAAAUCAAGCGCAUUUUCUCAAAUUUCGUGAUGUUUCUUGUGCAUCUACAACUCUUACGUGAUUUUCUAUUUUUUUAGAUAUUUAAAUCUCUAUUAGAGCUUAUCAAACUUAUAGUUACAUUCAGUAGUUUACAAUAACCAUCGAAUGACUGCGUGAGGAAUCUCUGCAAAAUGCCGAAUGUUGUGUUUAAAUCUGUGGAAAGCUUCAGCAGUGAAGAUCCGAACUUCCCCGCUUCCAACCUGUUGGCCAAGGAAGUGCGCAAAUGGAAGUGUCGCGACGCAGGGGAAAAGAAUGCUUUCAUUAUUCUGCGUCUGGAAAAGCCGAUGACCAUUAACGGCAUCGACGUGGGAAACGAACAUUCAGCUUUCGUUGAAGUCCUAGUGGCGCGAAGUGGUCCAACAAAUCCCGAAUUCAAGGAAAUCCUGUUGACAUCUUCGUUCAUGACUCCCAUCGAGAGCAGGAACUCAACCAAUAUCAACAGGGUGAGGUGUUUUACCCAGGAUGCGCUGAUUGAAGCGGUGGCUCGAGGUCAGUGGGACUUGAUUAAAAUUAUCUGCACUCAACCGUUCAACAGCCGGGUUCAAUACGGACUUUCCUUCGUGACACUUCAUUGUCCUACUGUAGAAAAGAAGCACGAUGAAGAACCUCACCUACCUGCGAAGAAGUCACUAGUUCCGGAUAAGUUUAAGAGGCAGAUUAAGGAAGCGACCGAGAAACAAGAAGAGCCCAAAAUAAUGAAACUCGGAAGGUUUAACAUCCGGGAAGAAUCUCCCGAUUCUGACGAAGGGAAUAAUUCUGCCUCGGCGCUUUUUGCUCGCUGGAAGGAAAAUCGGAAUGGAACUGAGGGAAGUCCGAAAAAGGUUAACAGUCCAUCGAAUGUAGUUUCGACGGCCGCUGCUAUUCGAAAUGCCUCCACGCCGGCUGCAGUCAAGAAUCGACAGUCUACUCCGGUGGUCAGCAAGAAACCCGUGGCAAUAACGCCCAAGACCAAGCCUCGGUUGUUUGACGACGACGACGAUGAUGAAGAAGUGGCAAAGAAGCCCCUGAAUCGGAAUCGAGAUUCGCUUCUCUACGAUAAAGACGAUGACAAACCUAACGAAAAACUGGAGAAAAAAAUGGCUGAAGAUCGCGCCAGAGUUCAACGGGAAAAAGAUGUUAAAGACAAAGAUAAGCGAGAUCGUUCUUUGGCGGAAAAGAAACCCAAGGCGGCUCACGAUACAUCUGCAGCGAAGUUUAAAGACUUUUUGUUCGAAGACCCUUCAACUGCAGGUAAGGGCGAGAGUCCCGUAAGGACGAGCUCAUCUCAGGAAAAAAGACGUCGAUCUCGAUCUCCUCCAACCGCGGAGAAACCGAAACACAAACGACAAGAUCAGCAUGAUGAAUCAAAGUCUGAGGACAAGAAAAAACGUCCCUCGGAUUCUCCGGCUAGGAAAGCUGACCCAAGUAUUAAGGAAAGAACUGAUAGUAGUAAGAAACAAGCGAAACACCAUUUGUCGGCUGAUGAAGAGGAGGGUGAUAGGCGAAAACCGCCGACUUACAAACCGUUUAACAAGCUGCUGGAGCACGUGGUGCUCGUCAUCAGCGGGAUACAAAAUCCGGACAGGGCGAAUCUCCGAAACCAAGCGCUGGCCAUGGGAGCGAAGUACAAGUCGGACUGGGACUCGAGCUGUACGCAUCUCAUAUGCGCCUUCAAGAACACGCCCAAGUACAACCAGGUGCACGGCAAGGGGAAGAUAGUGAAAAAGGAUUGGAUCGAGCGAUGUCACGCCCUCCGGAAACGUUUAUCGUGGCGAAAGUUUGCCCUGGACUUGAAUGACGCCGAGCAAACGGAUUCCGAGGGGGAGAUCGUUGACAUAGCUAAGAAACCAAGUGGAUCAUCGCCCAGCAAACGAGCAGCCGAAAGGCCCAGCAGCAAAACCGAAGAACAAGUGAGAGAAACGGACGAGGAAGCUCUGGCCCAUUACGAUCUGGAUGACGUAGUGAUGGUCGAGGAGAGGAUCGAGGACACGGUUGAGGUUUCCGGAUCAGAUACGGAAGAGGAGAUUGAACGAGUGAAGCAAAUGCAAAAGAAGACUGCGGAGCAACCUAAUGCCAUGUAUGACAAGAGCACGGAGGACGAAGGAAACCAAAGUAUGGCCGACGCUUUUGCCCCGUUGGACUUUUUCAAGGGCAAAGCGUUCUUCAUUGACUCCGAUGUUGGAGCCGUGGAUAUAAUAAAGUUGGAGCGAUAUAUAAAAUUGUAUAAAGGAUCUAUUACCAAACACGCAUCGGAAGCAGAUUACGUAGUGACGCGUAACCGCAAGCCUAUGGGUGACAGUUUCAAAGGUGAAAUAAUCAAACCACUCUGGGUGUACGAAUGCCACGAUAUGGAAUGUCUCAUACCGACUCAGCGAUACCAGCCUUAAACAUGUAGUUCACGGUCUCACCAUUCCAGUUGUUACUCAAGUUCUCUAUUUAUUAAGUUAUCUGUGUUUUUUAACCAAUACAAAAUCAGUUCGGACACUCAAAA